GCAACGGGUUUCACCGGAGUUUUUAUACUUGAGCAUUAAAGUAUUGAAUGAAGCAAAUUAUUAUUCCCUCCAUUCCAUUGGAAAGAAAUUGCUCAAAUUUCGUACUACUACUUGGAACAGGUCAAUGACUUGAGACUUUAGUCGACCCAGUUGAUCUCUGACCCACACUUCUUUCUUCUUCCCAUAGAAGAGUUUAUGAACUGUAUUCGAUUUGGGCACUUUUCUGCUCGAUGAUUUUCCAGCAAAUUCAACAGUUUGCUAGACAAUCCAGCUGAAAAUAGUUCUCUUUCAUAUUUAUUUACGAAAUAUUUGGGUCAAAAUUUGAAGAUCCAUCGAGUCAACUGUUGAGGUCGAUCAAGUCAACUGAUACAGAGACAUGCGAUCCGGUGCUAAUCCGCCGUCAAGGCUUGCACCGCCGGCCAAAAUCGACGCGAUUGGUCUAGAGCCUGAUGUUAAAGCGAUAACGGAGCGCCUGUUUACAGAUUCAAAGGAACUCCACUUCAUUCCGAUCGUCGGCACCGGCGGAAUCGGUAAAACCACUUUGGCUCAAACUAUUUAUCACGAUCCAUUAAUCGUAGGUAAAUUCGAUAUUCGUGCUUGGGUCACAGUGUCUCAGGAUUAUAGUUUUGGCGAUAUUUUUAAGAAUUUGCUUAUUUCCAUGAAAGAAUUUGUGAGAGAGGAAACAUCCGGACUAAGCAAUCAUGAAAUGGCUGAGAAAGUGUAUCAAACCUUGAUAGGUAGGAGAUAUUUGAUUGUGAUAGAUGAUAUGUGGAGCGAAAAAACUUGGGAUGAAGUGAGGAAUUAUUUUCCCGAUAGAGGUGACGGAAGUCGCAUCAUUUUGACUACGAGGCUAGAGGAUGUGGCUGCUCGUGCUGAUUCUUCGAAGAAAUUUCAUGAGAUGAAGUUUUUGGGGGAUGAUGAUAGUUGGGAUUUGCUUAAGAAGGAGGUGUUCAAAGGGAGAAGCUAUCCUCCCACAUUGGAAAAGAUAGGAAGGAAGAUUGCGAAGAGCUGUGGAGGAUUGCCUCUUGCGAUUGUUGUGAUUGCAGGGCUUUUGUCCGAGGUCAGUCGAACUGAAGCCGACUGGGAGCAGAUUGCAAACAACAUAAAUCUAGCCAUCACUGCAGAGGAAGAGAAGUAUGCUGCAAUACUAUCUUUGAGUUAUACCAAUUUGCCUCAUCAUUUGAGGCAUUGUUUCUUGUACAUGGGAGCUUUUCCGGAGGAUUACGAGAUUCCUGUCUCAAAUUUGGUGAAAUUGUGGGUAGCUGAGGGCUUUGUGCAAUCAACAUUGACCAAAUCCCCUGAAGAAGUAGCAGAGGGGUUUUUGAUGGAUCUCAUAAAGAGGAAUCUUGUUCUGGUCAAGAAGAGGAAGUCCAAUGGCGGAAUCAAGAGCUGUGGCGUUCAUGAUCUGCUGCGCGACUUGUGCUUGGUGAGAUCCUUGGAAGAGAACUUUCUUCUGUAUUUCAUGGGUAAGUUUGUUCUUCCUGAGAUUUUCGAAGAUCAACUCCGUAUUAGUGUAUCUUAUUCUGAUAAUCUGCUAGAGAUAGAUGGCUCAACCAUCCAAACUAUCAUAUGCUACCAAAGAAGUAAAAUAGGCUCAUUGGAGAAAUUUAGAUUGCUUAGCAUAUUGGAUAUGGUGAAAGCUGAUCUCCCAAAUCAUGUGUUUGAGCUGCUCCAUUUAAAGCAUGUUGCCUUGAGCUCGCCUACCGUGAUUCCUUCAUCAAUAUCAAGCCUUCGAAAUCUUGAAACCUUGAUUGUUUAUCCAACAAAGCCAUGUAUGGUGACUUUGCCGGAUGAAAUAUGGAAGAUGUCGCGUUUAAGACAUCUCAUCUCCUCCUCAUUUCAUCCCUUACCCCGUCUAGAUGGAGAAACUCCUCCUUUAGAAAACUUGCAUACGCUUUCACUUGUAACAAACUUCGUAUGCAGUGAAAGGAUGGUGGAAAUGAUUCCAAAUGUUAAGAAGUUGGGAAUAUGCUACAUAGAAGGGAAGCUUGACGAUGAAUAUCAUCUAGAAAAUCUUCAACGUUUAGAUAAACUUGAGAAAUUAAAAAUGGAGAUAUGUAGUGAUUUCUCUCUGAGGCCAAGUUUGAAUCCUGUUUUCCCUGAGGCGUUGAAGAAGUUAACCUUGAGCGGUUGGCAUCAUCCUUGGGAAGAUUUGAGUAUUGUUGGUUCAUUGCCUAAUCUUCAAGUGCUCAAAUUGAGAAACUAUGCUUGUGACGGAAGCAUUUGGAAAACAAGUGAGGGAGAAUUUGAAGAGCUGGAAUUUCUUCUGAUUGAUGAAUGCAAUCUUGAAGAAUGGUUGAUGGACAGCAGCCACUUUCCAAAGCUCAAGAGUCUAGUACUUCAACGGUGUCCUUCUCUUGCAGAGAUUCCAGAUGAUUUUGGAUACAUUCCGACACUUGAACUGAUUGAGGUUGAUGGGCGGAACAAAUCUCUCGUGGAGUCGGCCAAAAGGAUACAAAAUGAACAAGAAACGGAGUAUGAAAAUUACAGCAUUCAAGUUCGUUAUUGAUGUUCUCUUUCAACUCAUCAGUUUGCAGGCGUUAAGGGCAUCCACAUUGGGGCGCGGACACCGGCCCGGGCUGGCGCUUGUACCGUACAACCAGGUUGCACUGUUUAUAGUGUACAAGAAAUAGAAAACUAAAUGUAGCUUCACUAUUUAUAGUGUACUACACAUUGUACAGAAUCUUUCAUUUUUCAGGGUGGGAUUCAAUGUAAUAACAACUAAAU